GAGAACAAUAAAAGAAUUGAGAGAGAGAGAGAGAGAGAGAGAGAGAGAGAUAUGGAGGUGACAAAGGCGGUGAGAUAUUCAUCAGAAAAGGUUCAGGAUGAAGAGGAAGUGAUGCUUCCAGGGUUUAGAUUUUAUCCAACAGAUGAGGAGCUUGUUGGGUUUUAUCUAAAGAGGAAGGUGGAGAAGAGAGCCAUUCGUAUGGAACUCAUCAAACAGAUUGAUAUCUACAAAUAUGAUCCUUGGGAUCUCCCAAAAGCUAGCAGCGUGGGGGACAAUGAGUGCUACUUCUUUUGCAGAAGAGGAAGAAAAUAUAGGAACAGUGUAAGACCUAACAGAGUCACAGGUUCUGGAUUUUGGAAAGCCACUGGGAUUGACAAGCCUAUAAAUUCAGUUAAAGAUCCCCUCGAGUGCAUUGGCCUCAAGAAAUCAUUAGUCUACUACCGUGGGAGUGCUGGCAAAGGCACCAAAACUGAUUGGAUGAUGAAUGAGUUUCGCCUUCCUCCUAGUGGCCAUGGCAAAAAUGCCAAGUUCCUAAAGGCCAAAGUCGACGUUACACAAGAAGAAGCUGAGGUCUGGACACUCUGCCGAAUUUUCAAACGAAUCCCAUCUUAUAGAAAGUACACACCAGACUGCAAAGAAUCCACGACCAGACAAAACCCUACUGAUUCAAGUUCUAAAACAUGCAGCUUCGAAUCUGGGAUCUACUGCAGUGAGCUACACGUCGGUCUUGAAGAUUCGGUCUUUCAACGCAUUGAAAGAUCAAAACCAAUUCAUGUGGAUGAACAAGUUGACGAAACAAAUCACUGGCUUGGAGGGGAGUUGGACCCUAUCUAUGACCCAACUCCAUUUGCAACAACUUAUUCAAGCUUUUGGAACCCGGGCGACGGCGAUUUCUUUACUAAUGGAAACUGGGAUGAGCUGAGACCAGUGGUUCAGCUGGCUGUUGAUCCAUCGUCCCAAGUUUAUGACUGUAGAAUGUAGAUAGGCUAGGUAUACUUGGAGGGCUAGUGUGCACUUGGAAGCUUCGUUAAUUUCUUUCUGCUAUUCCUUUCCUUUCUUUCCUGUGGGCCUUUUUUUUUCGUCUCAUGGUACACAGUAGGUACAUGAACUUGGUUAUAUACUGUAAUAACAUUAUACCGACUGUCAUAUAAAUAAGGGGCGCUUUGAUAUAAGCACCUCAAAUUUGAUUAAA